GAGAAGCCUGAUCGAAAAAGUACGAAUUGAUUAGGAAUUAAAUCUUCAGGUGGUGGAAGUCAUAAUCUAAUUCAAAUUUUGGUGCGCGCGCAAAACUCGUCCCCGUAACCGACAGGUGCCCGGUUCCGAUAAGUUUAUCUCUCCACAUUCGCCUGGACAUGAACAAUAAAUUGAUAGAAUGAGUGCGACGUGCUCCAAAACGAAAACCUCCGCCGAAAAUCUGCACGAUACCCCACAAAGCACGAAACUGGAAAACUCCGAGCAGAUCCAUUGCCCGAACGGAACGCACGUGAAGAUAUUGGUGAUACCGCCGCUCGGAGAGGAUGCGCAAAUUGUCGACCUGCAGGAGGUCGACAUCUUCAAAGAGCAGCAAAAAUUGAACAACAUCCAUCUGCCGAAGGCGAAACGGAAAUGGAAAAAGUACGUGAAGUACGCCAAGGUGGCGGUAUUAAUUGCGAUUUGGAUCGGGUGCAGUUGCGUGUUAAUGGCGAAGCACGUCACCGUGGAGGAGGUCCACCAGGUUAGCGUGCCGAAGAAUACCAAUAAAGGGUAUAUCAUUACGGAAAUACCACGCCAUGGUAAAUUAUGGGUGAGACUGGGCGGAGCACUUCUGCCACCGUACUACAGCAACCUAUCCACCCAUUCUCUACGCGUUUGGGUUCAGUUCGUUGUUCUGCUGAACCCUUUGAAAAACCGCACGAAAAUCAAAGAAUCAAGCAUACUGUUCGUGCAAAACGUUUCGAGUGUUUGGACGGUGCCGCUGGUCACCGAGAAUUUGAUCGGUGUCGUCCCCGAGGUGAAGCAGAAGCACGAGUUUAAGCUGACCAAUUUUACCGAGGCUCCGUUUAGCAGCUGCAUUGUGAGGGUGAACAUGAAGACCAACUUGAAGACGAAUCUACCUUUAUCAUUGUCUUACAACGUGCACCCCAUCAACGUGGACGAUGGGGUGAUCUACGCGGCGCUGGUGUUGGUGCUUCUCUACGUCUUGAUCAUCUUCGAAGUGAUCCAUCGCACUCUAGCGGCGAUGUUAAUAAGCACGCUGUCCAUUGCGAUUCUGGCCGCGAACAACGCGCGUCCCGGUCUGGACGAGGUCGUCUCCUGGAUCGACAUUGAAACGCUCCUCCUGCUUUUCUCCAUGAUGACGCUGGUUAGCAUCUUCAGCGAGACCGGGAUUUUCGAUUACACGGCCGUGUUGGCCUACAAGUGGACCAAUGGACGGGAAUGGCCGCUAAUCAACAGCUUGUGCCUUUUGACCGCGAUCCUCUCGUGCUUUUUGGACAACGUCACCACCGGUCUUCUUAUGACACCCAUCACCAUUCGGCUGUGCGAGGUAACCAAGCUCGAUCCAAUUCCAGUGUUAAUCAGCAUGAUCAUCUUCUCGAAUAUUGGCGGCGCCAUUACCCCAAUCGGCGACCCGCCCAAUGUUAUAAUCGCCUCGAACCCCGACGUAGUGAAAUCGGGGGUGAACUUCACCACGUUCAUCUUGCAUAUGGGAGUUGGAGUGCUACUAGUCUCGGUGUUCACCUACCUCCACCUCAGGUUUCUCUACCGUAACGUGCGCGACUUGAGGUACAACGAGCCACGGGAGGUUCUAGAGUUAAAGCGCGAAAUUGCCGUGUGGCAAAGGGCGGCGGCGUGCAUGAGCAGCUACAGCAAGGACGAGGAGGUGGUCAAGGAGACUUUGAAGAAGCGGUCGUCUCGGCUCAUCGGCAAACUGAACACGAAGACCCGCAUCCACAUGUCGCAAGCCGAAAACUACGAAGGCAACCUGGAAGACUUGCAAAAGAAGUACCCCAUCCGAGACAAACCCCUGCUGAUCAAAUCGGGCCUCACGCUAAUCUUCGUGGUCGUCCUGUUCUUCUUACACUCGAACCCGGAGAUAGGUCGCCUGGGCUUGGGGUGGACUUCGCUGCUCGGCGCGUUACUUUUACUGCUGCUCUACGAUCGCGGCGACAUCGAGUCGGUCUUCUCGCGCGUCGAGUGGUCGACGCUUCUGUUUUUCGGCGCCCUCUUCGUGAUCAUGGAGGCGAUGGCGAAGCUCGGUCUCAUCGAGUGGAUCGGGAAGCAAACGCAGCAGGUGAUCAUGUCCGUCGGGCAGGAGUCGCGACUGGCCGUCGCCAUUAUGCUCAUUCUUUGGGUUUCGGCGCUCGCCUCGGCGUUCGUCGACAACAUCCCGCUGACCACCAUGAUGAUUAAGGUCGCCACGGUGUUGGCCGACGACGCGGAGCUUCAGCUGCCGUUACAGCCGCUAGUUUGGGCGCUGUCGUUUGGCGCCUGCUUCGGGGGCAAUGGUACUUUAUUUGGUUCUUCGUCAAAUAUCGUUUGCGCCGGCGUUGCCGAGCAGCACGGCUACCGAUUUACCUUCAUGCAGUUUAUGAAGGUUGGCUUUCCAAUUAUGCUCACCAGUGUGGUCGUAGUUAGUGUCUAUUUGAUUAUAGUUCAUGUUGUACUUGAGUGGCAUUAAGUUCCUUUAAAAUAAAUUCUCCUCUCUUUCUACCUUCGAGAGCAUGAAAGAGGUCCAAGGUUUGAGCCUUGUGGCACUCCACGCGGACUAGAGUCAGUGGGGUUAUAGUCCAUCUCC